CAAAAUCAACAAAAAUACAAACUCAGAUCCAAGAACACAAAUCCAGAAAUUAAAAAAAAAAAAAAGAGAUAGAACGAACUACACAUCAAGAGAUUGAACUAACAAGAUGAAAGAUCUGGGUUUUAAUUAGAGCGAGAUCUUGGUGCAAAGCUCAUCGGAGCUGAGAAAUUGAGUUUGUUACAAAAAACUUUUAGAAAUCUCCCUCAUUCACUCUCUUUCCUUUUAGUUUUUCUUUUUUUUUCAAUUUUCCCCAAAUCUCUGUCUCCGAUCAUCCUCUCCAAUUUUAACCAAAACACCCUAUAUUUCUCAUUCUUAAAUAGUUAAAUAUAUUUCUCUCUCACUCUGAACAAGAACAGCAAAAACAAGAAAAAGAAAUCAUGGAUUUCAAAUCCCUUUUCCACCGGAAAAAGAAAACCGAUUCCUCCAACAGUCUUUCUCUCAAUUCAUCGACGACAACAACCACAACUACAAAUUCAAACACGAACUCAGGAUCGCUAGACACACCAACCCAGAUGGCGGAAUUCGAACAAGUCUUCAAGAAAUUUGAUGUCAAUGGAGACGGCAAGAUCUCGGCCUCUGAAUUAGGAUCCAUCAUGGGAAGCUUAGGCCACCCAGCCACAGAGGAAGAGCUCGAAAAGAUGAUUGUCGAGGUGGACGCUGACGGGGAUGGGUUUAUUGACCUAAACGAGUUCGUGGAACUGAACACAAAGGGUGUGGAUUCCGACGAGGCCAUCGACAAUCUGAAAGACGCGUUUUCGGUUUACGACAUGGAUGGAAAUGGAGUUAUUUCGGCGGACGAAUUGCAGAAAGUGAUGAGGAGUCUGGGGGAUGGGUUUUUUUAUUUUUUAUUUUUUAUUUUUUAUUUCUGAGUUUGUGUUGUUAAUCUGGAUUUGUGUUCUUGUUCAUUGCAUGUUGAUUUUGUUUUAAAGGAUAUAUAUUUUUUUUUUUAAAAAAUUUUAUAUAGAGUAGGAUAGUCAAUAAUAGCAAAUUGAAUUGUUAAUCACGGGUGAGCGCAGUGAGCCCAAGUCUAAACAUAAUUAAAAAGGGUUCAAACUAGCCUAAAAAGGACAAAGCCUUUUGGAUGAGUGGAAUGAGAUUUAUUUUUAUUCUUAUGUUAGUCACGGUUGAACCCAAGUCUUAACAUAAUGGAAAAGGGUUCAAACUAGUCUAUAAUGGACAAUUUCUUUUGGACGAGUGGAAUGAGAUUUAUUUUUAUACUUAUUUAAUUUUUUUAAUUUUUUAUUAUUAUUUUUUUUUUUAAAACGCAGUU